GUUCUCCUCAACGUUUAAACGCGUUACUCUCCGUUCCAGCGCUGGUCUUUCGAUUGCGGCAGCGGCGACUACUUUCCAUAAAACUACGAGAAAACCGGCUGUAGAUUUUGGUGUUAGAAAGAUGCAUAGCAAGGUUGUCAUUAUCGGCUCAGGGCCUGCUGCCCACACAGCUGCUGUCUACUUGGCGCGAGCUGAGUUGAAGCCCGUUCUUUAUGAGGGUUUCAUGGCCAAUGGCAUUGCUGCUGGUGGUCAAUUGACCACUACCACUGAGGUUGAGAACUUCCCCGGUUUCCCCAAGGGUAUCAUGGGCGGCGAGUUGAUGGACAACAUGCGAGCCCAGUCCGAGCGCUUCGGCACAGAAAUUGUCACCGACACCGUCACCACCCUCGAUCUCUCCUCCCGCCCCUUCAAGUACAGCACCGAGUUCUCCCCCGAGGAGACACACACCGCCGACUCCGUUAUCAUCGCCACCGGCGCCUCGGCCCGCCGUCUUAACCUCCCUGGCGAGGACAAGUACUGGCAGAACGGUGUCUCCGCCUGCGCUGUCUGCGAUGGGGCCGUCCCCAUCUUCCGCAACAAGCCUCUCUUCGUUAUCGGCGGUGGUGAUUCUGCCGCUGAGGAGGCUACUUUCCUCACCAAGUACGCCAGCCACGUUACCGUCCUCGUCCGUCGCGAUGUCCUCCGUGCCAGCCGAACCAUGGCCAACCGUCUCCUCAACCACCCCAAGGUCACCGUUAAGUUCAACAGCGGCGCCACUGAGAUCCGAGGUGGUGAGGAUGGCCUCAUGAGCCACCUCGUUGUCAAGAACAACAAGACCGGACAGGAGGAGGUCCACGAGGCCAACGGUCUCUUCUACGCCAUCGGUCACGACCCCGCCACUACCCUUGUAAAGGGCCAGGUUGACAUGGACGAGGAUGGCUACAUCAAGACCGUCCCUGGUACCACAUACACCAACGUCGAGGGUGUCUUUGCCGCUGGUGACGUCCAGGACAAGCGAUACCGACAGGCCAUUACCAGCGCCGGUACCGGAUGCAUGGCUGCUCUCGAGGCCGAGAAGUUCCUCGCUGACCAUGAGGAUGACCAGCGAGCUGACGACCGACCCAACCUCAACUAAAAAAGAAAUAGACAUAGACACCUAAAAAUCAUAAAACACAUAGACUUGCGCCAUUUUAGACGGGAUAUAGAUAUCUACAUAAAGAGCAGGAGCAGUCGAGACUUUCAAUCUAAUCCACUUCACGUUUGCAUGAUAUACAG